AUGUCCGAGAUCAAUUGUUGUCUGUGGAACAAUAGACGCCUAGACUUCACAUCCGACACUCUCCGUAAAGUGCUAAGUUUGCAGGCAUCAAAUAAUGACCAUGAGUCUGGAUUAAAUUGUUUGUUUUCAAGUUGGGUACUUAAAACCACAACACAAGGGGUAACAGCCGCAACUCCAGAGGGAACAGCCACAACUCCAGGAGUAACAACAACUACAACACCUGAGGUAAAAACAACUACAACACCCGAGGUAACAACUACAACACCCGAGGUAACAACUACAACACCCGAGGUAACAACUACAACACCCGAUGUUACAACUACAACACCCGAGGUUACAACUACAACACCCGAGGUAACAACAACAACACCCGAGGUAACAACAACAACACCCGAGGUUACAACUACAACACCCGAGGUAACAACUACAACACCCGAGGUAACAACAACAACACCCGAGGUAACAACAACAACACCUGAGGUAACAACUACAACACCCGAGGUAACAACUACAACACCCGAGGUAACAACAACUACAACACCCGAGGUAACAACUACAACACCCGAGGUAACAACUACAACAUCUGAGGUAACAACAACUACAACACCCGAGGUAACAACUACAACACCUGAGGUAACAACUACAACACCUGAGGUAACAACUACAACACCCGAGGUAACAACAACUACAAACACCCGAGGUAACAACUACAACACCCGAGGUAACAACAACAACAUCACUACAACACCUGAGGUAACAACUACAACACCCGAGGUAACAACAACUACAACACCCGAGGUAACUACUACAACACCCGAGGUAACAACAACAACAUCUGAGGUAACAACAACUACAACACCUGAGGUAACAACUACAACACCUGAGGUAACAACAACUACAACACCCGAGGUUACAACAACUACAACACCUGAGGUAACAACAACUACAACACCUGAGGUAACAACAACUACAACACCCGAGGUUACAACAACUACAACACCCGAGGUUACAACAACUACAACACCCGAGGUUACAACAACUACAACACCCGAGGUAACAACCACAACACCUGAGGAAACAACAACCACAACACAUGAGGAGGUAACAACAACUACAACACCUGAGGUUACAACAACAGCACCUGCACCUCUUGUUAAGGCUACUACAACAACAGCUGCAGUUGUUACGUUAUCAAAAGAUGCUGUUACAUCAUCAGAUAUUCUAAAAAAGACGGACCUUGAUAAUCCUCUUCUUAUGAAAUGAUCACAGAAUUAAGGUUCUGAUUACGUUUUAUUUCUGCUGAAAGCGAUUGUUCUAAAUACAUUAAUUACUGAUAUUUACCUAAAUUGCUCCUGAUUUGUUUCCGUACUUAUUUUCAGCGCGUCACAUUUUUAGUGGUUACGUCACGUGUAUAAUGAUUACGUCACAUGUCUAAAUAUAGAACGUCAAAUUGUGAUUUUAUUACAUAAUAACACACACUUUCGGUUCUUUUAUGUUCAAUGGGGAAAAAUGCGGGCCUUGUUAGAAUAGAGGAUAUUGAAUGUGUGUAUGUUCAAUACUGAAUUUAUUGAACUGUUCGAAUAAAAUUAUAUUAUGCGAUCCUCUUUCGAGCAUAAUAUUAAUUUAUUGAAGUAGUUCAAUAAAUUAAGUAGAUUCUAAUGAACCUACACGAAUUUAAUUUUUUAUUUAUCACAUACCCAAAAUAAGAAAUGUUUACAGAAGAAACAUGUGACGCGCCCAUAGUGUAACGUUUUCAUUAGCGCGCUUUAACGCUAGCAAUGUGACGUCAUAUCAAAACAUACGCACGGCCGUGCAAUAUCGUUUUUACGGAGUCGCAAAAUCGGCAUGGGUGUGUGAAAAUAUUUAUUGUAAAUAUUUCUACAUGUGUGUAUAUAACGUAAUGAUUGUAAAAAUAUUAAUACUUAAUUGUCGGAAGAUUUUCAUAGAAUAAUUGGGUCCAUAUAUUUUCACAAUAAAGAUAAGCUCGUAAGUGAAUUCAACAUGUGUGACUUGUUACUUAUGUGAAAGUUUAUAAUUUCGAAAAAUAUUUACUUUAAAUCACAUUCACUCGGAACAGUCUCGUCUAUUAUCUAUAAUAACCUCGGAAACAAUUCGGAUUGAAGGUAGUUCUACCACGUGGUUUCAGAUGUAAACAGAAACAGAGAUAAUGUAAAACGAAUGUAUAUAUUUGACAUCUAAUGUCUGUUCCGUACUAUUAUACUUGAAAAUAUGUCUGACAACAAUUUGUAAUUUAAAUAUGCCCACUGAUGUUCAAUUUUAAACAAUUCCGACCAAAUGCCAACAGAUUGGUUUUUGGUCUUUCAAUCAUUAUAAUAAAUAUAUAAAAAUGUUUUGUUUGCUUUUGUACUUAUUAAUUCACUUAUUUUAGGUGGACUUUUACUACAUAUAUUGAAAAUAAACUUGUCAAAAACUCCCAGCAUUAAAUUACUAUUUCUUUACAUGUUUGGUUUUUUAGCGUAGGUUAGACCGAAAUAUCGCAUCGGUUCUGUGUACUCAUACUAUUUUAAUAUAGAAUAUGAUAUAUUUUAAUUUCAUAAAUAAGUUUUAUCCCUAUGUUUUGAUAAUCACUACUGAACAGUUCAUCCAUUGUCUAAACAUGAGUGACAAAUGAUUUUGUAAAACCAUUUUCUAUAUUGCUUGAUAGUGUUUUUAUUACAAAAUUUAGUAUUUUACAGUAUAAUUUCUUAUGGAAGUUUUUAAGACAAGGUCAGUAGAGGUUAUCAAACUUUUAGAAUGUAAAAAGUCUCUUAUAAUUUUGUAAUUAAAUGUCUCAAAUAACUUUUUAAUAAUGACAAUUUGCAAUUAUGUCAUCCUAUUGCAAUUGAUUUAUAUGAUUUAAAUGUUGAGAAUGUGAAUAUACGUGGAGUUAUCCCUCUUAGUAUUAGCUAUAACAAGUCUCUUGUAAUUCUUUCGAGAAUGGCUAUAUACAAUUUUAAUGUUUUAAAUGUUUUAUAUGUAUAUAUGUGUAUAGAUGAGACUAUAAUAAAGAAUAUAUAUAUACUAUUGUGUUCGAGGUCCUUAUCCGAAAACUGACGGAAAGGGCCGAGUAGUUGCGAUUGAAUCACAUUUUGAAAUGGUAUAAAGGGAGAUAAUUAUUGAUAAAACAUCGCUAUCAUUCAUUAUAUCUUAUAAAGCAAUAAAGUAAUUAAAUAAUUAAAAAUAAUUAGUUUUUUUUGCUACAAGCCAUGGUUCAUGUUGCGUGACUUUUACUUCUAACAAUUAUCAAACGUGCAAAAGUUCAAACUUCAUUACAUUAUUUAUACAAAUUCUACAGAAUUUUGACUUGUAUUAUGUAAAAUUUCAAAUUUUAAAACUUUCAUGUUAUACUUAUAGGUUAAAAUGCAUUUUUUAUCUUGUUAAUCAUGAAAGUUCAUUUCAUUACAUCUUUUGUUCUUGUAUUUUGUCACACCUGAUAGUUUGUAACGAAUUACAUUUUCUUGUAUUUUGUAUUUUGUAACACCUACCAUUUCGUAACGAAUUACAUUUUCUUGUAUUUUGUAACACUUGCAAGUUUGUACCAAAAUAUAAUUUCUAAUAUUUUGUAACACGUGCUAGUAUGUACCGAAUUGCAUUUUUCUUGUAUUUUGUAACACCUGAUGUUUCGAUUCCCAUUCCAAUGAAAUGUGAUGAUAACUUAAUUGUCAAUAUUUAAAAUAAAAUCUUAAGAAUU